AUCCAAUCCGAUCCAAACUUACCGCGGUCAGCGGACGCCGAAACGAUUUUUAUCCUACUUUUUUAAACAGUUCGCCGACGGCGGCGUCCAAAAUGUCGGACGGCAACGCCGCUUGGGCGGCUCCGGACUUGGCCAGGGACGAACCCGUCGAAGCGGAGUCCCCGGGCUUCUUCCCGUCCGAGACAGCCGUCACCGGCAACGGCCCGAGCAGCGAGAGCGGCGGGAUCUUCCUCGAGCCCGACGUACCCAAGCUAAGCCUAACCGGGACCGCGACUCCGUCAUCGUCCACGCUACCGCAACUCCCCGGCAAACGGGCCGACUCCGACGCUGUCAGCGUGUUCGAAGAGGACACACGGAGCUCGUGGAACCUCGAACCGGCCCCCGCGCAGCCUCAGACCGCCGCGAGCGUGGCGGACUCGUCGACCGACGCCGGCAGGGUCGACUCCGAUCAGAUGCUCAUCGAGGAAUCCGAAGAGGUCUCGUCGAAGCCGACCUCGCUCCCGAGCGACUCCAACCCGGCCCCGACGAACCUCCUUCCCGCGGCGGUCGACUGCGACUCCCAGAACAGCGCGAGCAGCGCCAAGAGUGGCCGAAAGAAGUUCUCGGACGACGAAGUCACCUCGGAGGGCUUCCUCCCGAUCACGGCUGACAAACUGUUCGAGUACCAGUGGCCCCACGACGGCGGCGACGCUUACAUGCUGCAGGAGCAGGUCUGCGAGUACCUCCACGUGAAAUCGUUCAAGCGCAAGCACCCCGAUCUGUACCGGCGUCCGGUCGAGUUCGACGAGAAAGAGUUCCUCAAGGAGCGCGGAGUGGUCACCGAAACACAGUGCGACUUGGGGCUGACGGCGCUUCGAGCGGAUGAUGUGGUAGAUCUCUUCAUGAAGGACUAUCCGGAGAAGUAUCAGGAGUACGCCAACAGCGUGCGGGAGCGAGACAAGCAGAACGCGGUCGAGAAGCACAAGGGCUACUCGGCGGCGUCCAUCGAGAAGUGCAAGAUGGCGGACUUCGUCCGCAAGGCUGUGGCUUCGACGGCCGAAUACAACCAGCACCUAAACCAGGAGCGCCGGGAGGAGCGCCGGUCCUGCUUCGACUUGCAGACCUUCACAAUCCAGUAUCCGACCCGCAAGACGGCUAAGCCAGACGCCUCGGCCUCCGCCAGACGGCGAUACCCGGUGGCUUUGAUACCGGGACAGUACCAGGACCACUACAGGGUCUACACAGCCCAGGAGCUCAAGUACCUUCCGGUGAACACGGUGCUGUACGGUCCACCGCAGGAGAUUGGAUCUGUGUACACGCACCCCGGAUCCGACGGAAGCCAAUCCGAAUCCGAAGACAGCUCCGGGUCGGAUGGAUCGUCCUGCAGCUCUUCCAGUGGGGAAAGUUCGCAGUCGGAUGGUGAGAGCGGACCGGUGCCCGUCUGCAAGGUCUGCAACAAUGUCGACGCGUCCAAAGAGGGCGAGGAGCUCAUCUCGUGCUCGGAGUGCGGGAAGGUCGGCCACGUCACCUGCCUGGACAUCCUGCCGGAAAUGGCGGUGGCCAUCAAGUCGUACCGCUGGCAGUGCAUGGAGUGCAAGAUGUGCAACAUCUGCAUGGCGACGGACAACGAAGAGAAGAUGAUGUUCUGCGACCGCUGCGACCGGGGCUACCACAGCUUCUGCGUGGGGAUGAAGUCGGUGCCGGCGGGGCGCUGGAUAUGCCGGUUGUGCGGCCGGUGCGCGACGUGCGGGGUCGCGUCGCCGGGGCCCGAGGGACCCAGGGUGCAGUGGCACCACGAGUACGGCAGAGGGCCCACACCCGUGGAUCACAAGCGCAGCGUCACCAUCUACUGCCAGAGUUGCUACCGCCAACGCAAGGGCAGGUGAUAGGCGGGGGCCGUGGGUUGUUCGUGUAAGAUAGAAAUAAAGAAGCUGGUCUUUUUAUUUUGUA